AUGCUAAUAGAGGACAUUGGACGGAGAAGACUUCACAUGGCUGCUUCCCUGAGAACAACAAUUGUGUUGAUUGGGCUGUUCUGUAUCUCCAACAGUUUGAGCUGUUGGGCUGGUCAGUCUGUGCCAGACGUAACAGUACUUUCAUUCAUCUGCAACACUCAGGGACGUCCUCAAGAUCCCAAACUUUUUGGAAAGUCUGUAAGCUAUAUUUGGAAGAAUCUACCCACGGAGACGCCCGAGCACGGUUUCGACUAUUAUACAACCUCUCCUUAUACCCAGGAAGUCGUCUAUGCGCAUGGAGUGUGCAAUGGAAGGCUUUCUAACGAUCAGUGCACUACUUGUUUACUUGAGGCUUUCCAUCAAGUAUUUCAGAUCUGUAUUUUUACGCCUAUUGGGGUUCAGAUGAAACUCCAGGAUUGUAGAAUUCGUUUGAGCUGUUAUGCUGAUACGGAAGACAAAACAGUAGUUUCGUACGUCUGCAGCAGCCAGAUGUAUUCUGAAGACAAUUCAUAUUUUACAUACGCUUUAAACUAUAUGAUGAGGCUUGUAGCCGAGGAGACAGCCGAGCAUGGUUUCGACUAUUAUGGACACUCUCCAGAUGGUAAGGAUAUGGUCUAUGCACACGGAGUGUGCAAUGGCAAGCUUUCAAAAAAUCAGUGCACGGGGUGUGUAUUUGAGGCUUUUGGUGAUGUAUUUGACCUCUGCCCUUGGAAGCCCAUCGGAGCUCAGGUUGAGCGCCUCGACUGUAGAAUUCGGUAUGAGAACUAUCCAUUUAUGUAA